AUGGCGCCCGAAGCGCCGCCUCCACGACGUCUCGCGAGGCUUGGCGGGAUCCGGACGUGGAAGAGGCCGGCGGCUUCGGCGAUGGAGUACAUCACGACGCCCAAGGUAGAAAAUGUCAAGUUGCUAGAUCGUUAUACCAACAAGAAAGCAGCAAACGGGACGCUGUAUUUGACGGCUACUCAUCUGAUCUACGUGGACACCUCAACUGAAGUUCGAAAAGAGACAUGGAUCCUCCACCACCACGUAGCUACCGUGGAGAAGCUACCGCUGAAUGCCUCCGGAUGCCAGUUGCAAAUUCGUUGCAAGAACUUCCGCGUAGCUCGCUUUCUGAUGGUGCAAGAACGAGACUGUCACGAAGUCUAUACCUCUUUGCUGAAACUCUCGCAACCAGUGAAACCCGAAGAACUUUACGCCUUCUCUUACAAUCCCAAAACCCCUGAAGGCAGCCGAGAGACGGGCUGGAAGUCGAUAGAUGUCAAAGCCGAUUACCUGCGGAUGGGCAUCGAGAGCAGCUCCUGGGAAAUCAGCAACGUCAACAAGGAUUACGAGAUUUGCAGCACCUAUUCCCGGGAACUGGUCGUGCCUAAAGCCGCUGCUAGGGCGAUGGUCUUGGGAAGCGCGAAGUUCCGAAGCCGAGGUCGGAUACCUGUGCUUUCCUACUUCUACAAAGAGAAUAACGCCGCCAUCUGCAGGUGCAGCCAGCCUUUGUCUGGAUUUAGCACUCGCUGCCUGGAAGACGAACAGCUGCUGCAGGCGAUUCGGGAAGCCAAUGCUGGGAGUCGGUUCAUGUACGUGGUAGACACGAGGCCAAAGUUGAACGCCAUGGCCAACCGAGCUGCUGGGAAGGGCUACGAGAAUGUGGAUAAUUACGAAUGCAUCCGUUUUAAAUUCAUCGGCAUUGAAAACAUCCACGUAAUGAGGAGCAGCCUGCAGAAACUCCUGGAAGUGUGUGAAGCAAAGUCUCCUUCGAUGAGCGACUUCCUCACAGGACUGGAGAACUCCGGCUGGUUGCGACACAUUAAAGCCGUGAUGGAUGCAGGAGUCUUCCUGGCCAAAGCAGUCAGAGCCGAGGGUGCCAGUGUGGUGGUGCACUGUUCGGACGGCUGGGAUCGCACGGCCCAGGUCUGCUCUCUGGCUUGUCUCCUCCUGGAUCCCUUUUAUCGGACAUUGAAAGGAUUCAUGGUUUUGAUAGAGAAGGAGUGGAUUGCGAUGGGCCAUAAAUUCUCACACAGGUGUGGCCAUCUUGAGGGAGAUCCCAAGGAGGUGUCUCCAAUCUUCACCCAGUUCCUUGAGUGCACCUGGCAGCUCAUGCAGCAGUUCCCUUGUGCGUUCGGCUUCAACGAGCGGCUGCUGCUUGAAAUUCACGAUCACGUCUAUUCCUGCCAGUUUGGCAACUUCCUAGGGACCUGUCAGAAGGACCGAGAAGAUCUAAAGAUCUUCGAGAAAACGCACUCCCUGUGGCCGUUUCUUCUGCAGAGGAAGCUGGAAUUCAGAAAUCCGCUCUAUAAGGGAUACGCCGCUUACUCCUCUCUCCAGCCCAACACGCUGCCAUUCAGUUUCCAGUUCUGGUGCGGCAUGUAUAACCGUUUCGAUAAAGGGAUGCAUCCCAAACAGUGUAUUCUGGAUCACCUGCUUAGCUACAGCAGCGAGACUUUUCAGUUGGAAGACAACGCUGCAGACCUGGAAAAUAAAAUGCCUCUCUCGGAUGGGCUUCUGCCAAAUGAAACACCUGCCUUCUCCAAAGGGGUUGCUUCUUCGCUGGACACUUCCAUCUCCCCUAUGGUCAACACCCCCCAGGACUAUGACCCCCCUGCGCUGUUGGCCAAUGGUACCAUCGGCGGGAGAGAAGAAGGCGGCAGGCCAGAUGGGCAGGUGCUGAGCGAAGGGGGUCUCCCUCCUCCCAGCGACACACCAAAUGGCAACGGCUGCAGCCCGACCACCCUCCACGGCCUGCCUCUCUGGGGCAGUGAUCAAGCCGAUCUCCAGAGGGCCUGA